GCCAAGCUUCAGGGGAGCGAGCUCCACCUCCCUGGUUCUCUACAGAUUUCCUAGAGCAGCAGAAAAUAAGCCGAUCUCAGGUGCCAUAGUAAGUCGUCCUUCCGCGACUCCCGGAAAUCAGUGCGGCCUGCUGCGUGUAAGCGCUCGUCAGGGGAAGCAGACCAUUUGUGCCAAAGGAGACCGAAACAGCCUGGUCCCCUAGACCCCUUUCUGAUGGUCCCGCUUGAUCCAGGCGUCAAACCUGGGAUAUCUGUAAGAAAGAAUAGACUGUAUCACGCUCAGAUAGUGUCCUUAAAGAUUGUGUAUAAAUGGGGUCAGUGUCAUUUGGGGACGUGGCUGUGGACUUCACCCAGGAGCAGUGGUGGUACCCGGACACUUCUCAGAGGACCCUGUACAGGGAUGUGAUGCUGGAGAGCUACAGCCACCUCGUCUCAGUGGGGUAUUGCAUUACCAAACCGGAGGUGAUUUUCAGGUUGGAGCAAGGAGAGGAGCCACUCAUGUUAGAGGAAGAGCCCCCAAGCCAGCGACAUCCAGAAUUCUGGAAUAUUGAUGUCCUGAUGGAGAAGAGCCAGGAAAACCAAGACCAGCAUUUGUGGAAUGUGGAUUUUGUCAACAAAAAAACACUGACUAAGGAGAGAAAUGGUGUAUUAGGAAAAACAUUUAAUGUGGGUACAAACCCUGUUCUAUCAAGAAAAAUAACUGGUAACCGUGAUUCAUAUGGAAUGAGUUUGAAUUACAUUUCAGAAUUAAUUAUUAGUAAUAGAAACUCUUGUUUAAGGAAGCCCAAUGUGUUCAGUGCACAUGAGAAAUUGCUCCUCUGUACGAGGCAUGAGCAUCCUCAUUCCAGAGAGGAACCUUUUCAAUAUAAUAGAAAUUGGAAAGCCAUUGGUCAAAAUGAGGACAUACAUCAGCAUCAGGAUAUUCAAACUCUAAAGCAAUUUUUUGAAUGUAAUGAAUGCGGGGAAGCUUUCCAGGAGGAGGCAGCCUUCAUUACCCAUAAGAAAGCAUGCUCAUGGGAGAAGGACUGUGAAUAUAAUGAACAUGUGAAAACCUUUUCUGAUGAUUCGAACCUUCUUGUCCAUCAGAGAACUCACACAAGGGAGAAUCACUGUGAAUGUAAUGACUGUGGGAGGAGGACUGUUGAUGAGAAGCCAACUCUAAAUAAGCACCACAAAGUUAUCUGGGGGAAGGAAUACUAUGGGUGUAAUGAGAGGGAGAAUGGUUUUGGGAAGAAGUCACUCCUCAUUCAUACUCAGCAAACUUAUAAAGGGGAGAAAAACUUUGACUGUAAUGGAGAUUGGGAAGUAUUUUGCAAGAAGCCAAAUUUCACUCAGCAUCAGGAAACACAUAUAGGAAACAAAGCUUAUAAAAUUAAUCAAUAUGCUAGUGCACUUUGCAAUGAGCCAAAGCUCCCUGUAUGUCAGAAAACAGAUAUAGGAGAAAAACUCUAUGAAUGUAGUGAAUGUGGGAAAACCUUCAGCCAUAAAUCCUCUCUCAUCCUACAUCAUAGGAUACACAGAGGGGAAAAACCUUAUGAAUGUACUAAAUGUGGGAAAGCCUUCAGAUACAGGUCAGGCCUUGCAGUACAUCAGAGAACACACACAGGGGAGAAACCCUAUGAAUGUAGUGAAUGUGGAAAAAAUUUCUGUGAGAAGUCAAAUUUUCGUGUGCAUCAGAGAACACACACAGGGGAGAAACCCUAUGCAUGUAAUGAAUGUCAGAAAACCUUCAGUGAUAGGUCAGCUCUCACUGUACAUCAGAGAAUACAUACUGGGGAGAAACCCUAUGAGUGUAAGGAAUGUAGGAAAACCUUCUCCCAGAAGCCAAACUUCAUUAAUCAUCAGAGAACUCAUACAGGAGAGAAACCCUAUGAAUGUAGUGAAUGUGGAAAAUCCUUCUCAGUGAAGUCAAAACUUAGAGAACAUCAGAGAACUCACACAGGAGAGAAACCCUAUGAGUGUAAUGAGUGUGAGAAAACUUUCUACCACAAGUCAUCCCUCACAGUACAUCAGAGAACCCAUACGGGGGAGAAACCCUAUGAAUGUACUGAAUGUGGGAAAACCUUCUACCAGAAGUCAUCUCUCACAACACAUCAGAGAACACACACUAGAGAGAAACUUUAUGCAUAUAAUGAAAACUUUCACCAGAAUUCUGACUCCCCUAAACAUCAGAGACAACACACAGGAAAACCCUGUCAACAUCCUGAAGACUCAGCAACUUUCACCCUCAUUGUAUAGCAGAAACAACCCAGGGUGAGGUUGGGGGACCCAAUAAAUAUGAGAAGUCUUUUGCCCAAAAGUGACUUUUAUUGAACAUCAACUAAUUGAUAUUUGAAAACCUUAUUAAUAUUUUGAAGAUGUUACAGUGUCAACAAAAGUUUAAACUACACCCUAUAUUGGUGAGUUUGUACUGAAUAGAACUGUAUCAUUUUGGGACUUGUGAAUUUAAAAUUUUAUCUUAAAAUAUAGUAGA